UUCUUUCUUUUGAAAUAGGUCACAUGUUCUUCAGUCUCUUCUCAAAAUCUUUGCAAGAGUUUUAAAAUCUCUAACCUUCAUGGACUUUCUUAAAGUUUCAGACAAGACAACAAUUCCAUGUAGAAGUGAUUCUUUGUUUGGUUUGAAUCAGCAACAAUACAAAGAGUCAUCUUUUGGAUUCAGAGACAUGGAGAUUCAUCCUCAUCACAUUACUCCUUAUACAGGAAAUGGAGUUUUGGGUUGUUAUUAUUACUACCCUUUCACAAACGCACAAUUGAAGGAGCUUGAGAGACAAGCAAUGAUCUACAAGUACAUGAUCGCAUCUAUUCCUGUUCCUUUUGAUCUCCUUGUUUCUUCACCAUCCUCUGCCUCUCUGUGUAAUAACAAAAACAUUGCCGGAGAUUUAGAGCCGGGAAGAUGCCGGAGAACAGACGGAAAGAAAUGGAGAUGCGCGAAAGAAGUCGUCUCUAAUCACAAAUACUGUGAGAAACACUUACACAGAGGUCGUCCUCGUUCAAGAAAGCAUGUGGAACCUCCUUAUUCUCGUCCUAACAACAAUGGUGGUUCUGUGAAAAACAAAGAUCUCAAAAAUCUUCCUCAAAAGCUCUCUAGUAGUUCCAUUAAAGACAAAACACUUGAGCCAAUUGAGAUUUCAUCAUCCAUCUCAAACUACAGAGAAUCAAGAGGAAGCGAGAUAUUUACUGUAUCGGCAACAACAGAGCAAGAAAACAAGUAUCUGAAUUUUAUCGAUGUUUGGUCCGAUGGAGUAAGAUCAUCUGAAAAACAGAGUACAACAACUUCAACACCUGUUUCUUCUUCCAAUGGCAAUCUCUCUCUUUACUCGCUUGAUCUUUCAAUGGGAGGAAACAACUUAAUGAGCCAAGACGAAAUGGGCCUGAUACAAAUGGGUUUAGGUGUAAUCGGGUCGGGUCGUGAGGAUCAUAACGGGUAUGGUCCUUAUGGUGUGACGUCUUCACUAGAGGAGAUGUCAAGCUGGCUUGCUCCGAUGUCUACCACGCCUGGUGGACCAUUAGCGGAGAUACUGAGGCCGAGUCCGAAUUUGGUUAUCUCCGGUGACAUUGAAUCGUAUAGCUUGAUGGAGACUCCGACUCCGAGCUCGUCGCCGUCUAGAGUGGUGAAGAAGAUGACUAGUUCAGUGGCAAUUUUGUCUCAAUAUUACAAACCAUUGACGCUCAAUUCUUUCCAAUAUGUCGAUUCUAUCCCGAUGCUAAACGGAUCUAACUUCUCGGAAUGGAAAGAACAUUUGUUACUUGUCCUCGCCCUUAUGGAUCUUGAUCUUUCGCUCAUGAAAGAGUGUCCAAGCUCUCCUAAGGAACUCAAGCAUUGGGAACGCUCUAAUCGUGCAGAGAGAAGUAGGGUGCAAGCAGAAAUUUCCUCAUUGAGUUAUAGAGACAAUGAGAAUGUAAGGGAGCUUAUUAUGAGGAUGAAAACCCUCGAAGCGAAACACAAGAGACUUGGGAUUGAUAAUAUCUUCUUGGAUGACAAGAUUUUAGCGCAUUAUGUAGUCCAAAUGCUGCCAUUGCAGAAGUACAUUAGGCUUCAAAACGUUUACAGAGGUCUCGAAGAGAAUUUUGUUAAUGAAAACGGUAGAUGGCACAUUGGGGAGAUAUGGUCUACUAACGAGCUCAUCAGUCGCUGCGACAUGGAAGAGGAGACUUUAAGGAGGGAAAUUGCAGAUGACGCCAAACGCGAAAAGCAAAAAAGGGAACAAUGAGAGUGUUUGAUUCAGGAGAAGCAACAGAAGAAACAUAUGCUUUAGGAAGUGAUGUUGAAAUGGUUUGAAGAAUAAUAAACAAUGAGGCGUUUUGGAGAUUUCUAUGCAAUACAAUCUCUCUGUGUGUUGUAUUUUGAAGCAUAUCCUUAGUUGUUAUUGUGUGUGAUUUCAGAUUAAUUUUUAUUUCAAUUUCUGCUUAGGAUAUGUAAUAUUCCAUUAUGCCAAAUAUUGGAAUUAAGUUAAGACCACUUU